AUGGCGGACUCCUUAACUAAGUUGGGCCUGGAGACGACAAAUCACAGUGUUAUUGGCACAGCACAAGUCCCCACGGCCUUUGUGAGCGUGAGAUGGCUCUGGAUUAUUCUCCCUGGAGUUCUUCUUGUUACUGGGGCUUUCUUCCUAGUGGUAAAUAUACUCACCAGUAAGAAAAGCCAUGCGCCGCUUUGGAAAUCCUCUGCUCUGGCACCAUUUUAUCAUGGGUUUCAAGAGGAUGAUGAGGAUGAUGACGAGCUUCUUGCUGCUAGCGCUAUGGAGAUAAAGUCAGAGGGGGACGCUGUUAGAUUACAGCGCUCUGAGAAUAAUGGGAGAUUGGUGCUGCGGAAGCAGGGGAUAUUGAACACCUCCGGCCCUGGAGCGCCAUGGAUCGCUUAUCAGGCAAUCGAUGCUCCUUCGCGCUGCACUCCCCGCUACUGUCACACGACAGGGCACCCGAAGUACCGUAUCGAACCGCCAUACCCCCAAUACGAGCAAAACAUCCAGCAGCUUCGUGAGCUGGACCUCUUGCUUCGCGGUAUCUACGACUUCGCAACUCACGAAGGUAACGCCGCCCUCCGGGCCAAAAUUAUCGUUAUGUACCGCCGUUUCCAAGCCCUGCUUGGCGAAUAUGCCAACGAAGGACUUGAUGAAGACGAGUGGUAG